GGCACUGACAAGGGAACACACACUUUUACUGACUCUUGAACACACACAAACACACACACACACUCACAGAAACAAAAACAAUUGGCCUAUUGUACACACACACACACACACACACACACACACACACACACAUACAUACACACACACACAGACAAACACAGUUGUCACACACAUACACAUUUUGCUGGACCCUGGACUGACCUCUUAAGGAUACGUCCCUCAGGAUACUGUUUCCCAUCAUGCACCAGGGGGUCCCCACCCAGCAGGGGGUCUCUACCCGAAGGACUACUCAGGACGAAGGCUCAUGGAGCUCCAGGUCGAGGAGGGGGUCUUCGUGCCGGAGCCUUUGCCCGCCGAGCGGAGCUCCUCUCUGGGCCUGGCUCCUGCUCGGGGCCCUGCUGGUUCCUGGAGCCUGGAGCUUUCUGAACGAGGAGCAGGAGGAGCUGCUGGUGGAGCUCCACAACCAUUACAGAGGACAGGUGUCCCCCAGCGCCUCCGCCAUGAUGCCUCUGAAAUGGGACGCGAACCUGAAGGUGAUCGCUGAGGGUUACGCUGCUAAAUGCAUCUGGAACCACAACCCAGAUCUGAUGGAAACCGGAGAAAAUCUGUUCGCCGGCACCGGACCGCUGGACAUCCGAGAGGCUCUGGAGAAAUGGUUUCUGGAACAUCUGGACCAUGACUUCCAAAACAACAGCUGUACUGAAGACAAGCUGUGUGGACACUAUACACAGAUGGUGUGGGCAGACACACACAGGGUCGGCUGUGCUUUCCAUUUCUGUAACAACAUGGAGGGUCUGGACUGGGAGAGAGUCUCAUACCUCGUCUGCAACUACUACCCACCAGGGAACUUUGAGGAAGAACGGCCGUAUGUUGAGGGUGAAUGGUGCUCCAGAUGUCCUGAAAACCUCCAGAAAUGUGAAAACAACCUCUGUGUUGCUGACUCAGAGGAAUACGAGGAGGAAGAGGAGGAGGAAGAGGAGGAGGAGGGGGAUGGGUUUGCUGAUGAUGAUGAAGGUGGGACAGUUUUUCCUCCCCAAGCUACAUCUGAACCCUUCCUCCUGCCUGAAGACGAGCUGGACGUUGCUGCUGCUUCCUUAGCAACAACUUCCCCCCACGACCAACCUGACGAAGAAGACAAGGAAGAGGAAGAGGAGGAGGAGGAAGAGGAGGAGGAGGAGGCUGCUGCUUCUCCGGUGACAUCUGCCCCCGAUGAGCAGCCUGACACCACCAGUACUCCCAGUAUUACCACUACCUCUGAUUGGGACUCUGAGGAAACCCAACCAACACCCGCCCCAGGCACUAAGCCUCCUCCAGGAACCCCCUCAACAACACCAGAGGAAGAGGAGGAGGAGGAGGAGGAGGAGGAGGUGGAGGAGGUGGAGGAGGUGGAGGAGGUGGAGGAAGAGGAGGUGGAGCAAAGGGAGGAAAAGGCGGAGAGGGACGUAACGCAAGAUAAUUACAAACACAGGAGAGAUAUGUCUUCCGGUUCUGAUCUAGUGUCCUCACCUUCACUCCUGUUAGCAUUUCUGAUUGGGAUCCUGACUCUGAGGCUGUGAGGAGGAGGAGGAUGAUGAGGAAGAGGAGACAUCACCUCACCAUGCCUGUGUUGACUGACUGCAGAGUAAUAUGAGUUAAUUAAUAAAUGUAAUAUGAGUUCAUUAAUAAAUAACUCUCAGGAAACAGCUGCCAAAACAUCUGCAGGUAGUCUGGCCUGAGAUCUGGCUCAAAUAAUGAGAGCAUAACCUGCUCAGAAAAUAUGACUGCAAGUAAAUACAAGUCAGUGAAAAUAACUAUGGUGAAAUCAUUAAGAGGAAACAGAUUUAUAUCAUUCGUUUGGAGGUUUUUUAGACAAAUGGGGGUUUAUGAUGUUUGUGAUGAAUGUUUAUGACAAUUUAUUCUCACUCCCAUCUCAUGAAAUACUUGUUUUGGGUCUAUUCGUCACAGUAUGAGGCCCUCUAGUGUCAGUUUUGGACGGUGUGUCAGACUCGUUUUAGGCAUAGUGAUUUUUAAAAAUAAACGUCAGACACAGUUUAAAUUCAUUUUUAGGAUUAUAUACACUGCAGUACUACCUUUUAAGGUCAGAAUACUAAGAUUCAAGAAUACAAAGAGAAAACUCGGAAGUCAGAAAAAGAAAAGUCAAAAUCAACGUUUUUCCUGAAAAUACAAAAUAAAGUACUGACCAAAUAGAAUUUUUUAUUUGUUUGGAGAUUUAAUCCAGAAUUUUGUGAUUCAAAAAUGUUGGUCCGAAUUCAGAAAAGAAAAAGUCAGAAUUUUGAAGAAAAAGUCAGAAUUUUCUGAAAAAAGUCAGAAUUUUGAACAAAAAAGUCAAGAAUACAAAUAGAAAACUAAAAAACAAUAAAAUCUAAAUCAACGUUUUUCCUGAAAAUCCAAAAAUAGAAAAUAGUUCUGAGAUUUAAGCCAGAAUUCAGCUGGUCCGACUUCUGAAAUAAAGUCAGAAUAAAAAAAAAAGAAGUCAGAUUUUGGAAAAAAAGUCAGAUUUUGGUAAAAAAAGUCAGAUUUUGGAGGAUUAUAAAUGUUGUCAGAAUUCUGAGAUUAAAGACAGAAUUAACUUUUGGUCAGAUCUCAAGAAGAUUCACAUGUGGCCAUAAUCCUACAUCAACUUAAGUUCUUAAGAAUGAAGUGUUUUGUUGCAAAGUAAAACACUCAGAUGAUGCACAAAGCUUUUCAACCACAAAUGUGUUUAAUUAGACGAUAAACACAAUUAUUAUUUUCAGCAUUUUCUGAUUUGUUUGUACAGAGCUGUAGAGUUUGUGUAUUAAAAAACAAAAAAGGGUUUAAGUGCGCUUAAGAGAGGUUACUCACUCAAUGAAUAAAAGACGACCCUCAGAUCUCCUCCUCGUGUUUAUCUGCAGGGUGAAUAAUAUACAGCAUCAUCUCAUGUGGAAACACCACUGUAAAAAUAAAGAAAAAGCAAUAUGUGUUAGGAGACUGAAAUGACUGCUGUGUUUCACUUUGACGACCCUGCUUCUUCUUCACAGUACAUGUAUCUUCUGUGUAUCAUUUACUGGAAACUACAACUGGACAGAGUCAUCUAAUACUUUACAUCAUCUCUGUUACACUGUCCUUAAAACAGGAAGUUACCAUAACUAUUUUUAAUCAUUUUAGUAAAAAUUGCUGUAAAUGUCUGUAUAUAGGAUUAAUAAAAAAUUAAACAUUUGUUCUUCUUUUUGACA